CCGUUUACCGAAAGGAUCACACAAGCCGUUCUACAGCUCAGUUGCAGUCCACUGCUCUUCCACAGCUACGGAUCCCCAUUCUCCUCCUCGUCUCUUACUCCAUUUCUAGGGUUCUAAUUUCCUCCAUUACCGUACUAUGCCAAGUCACCCAUGAAACCCCCAAUGAAAAACCUCAAUCUCUUUUUCCUCCUCCUCCUCGUCCUGGGUCUUCACCUCAGCCCAGUCCUCUCCUGGAAGAAAGAAGAGUUCAGAAACUGCAACCAGACCCCUUUCUGCAAACACGCCCGUGCCCGCAAGCCCGGCUUCUGCUCCCUCAUCGCCCGUGACGUCUCCAUCUCCAACGGCGACCUCACCGCCAAGCUCGUCCCCAAGACUCCACACCAUGAGCAAGACCCUGACCAAAUCAAGCCCUUGAUUCUUGCUCUCUCUGCCUACCAGGACGGGAUCCUACGGCUCAGGAUCGACGAGGAUCCUUCUCUGGGCCCACCCAAGAAGCGCUUCGAGGUCCCCGAUGUGAUCGUCCCGGAAUUCUCCAGCAAGAAGCUCUGGCUCCAGAGGGUUUCGACGGCGACGAUCAACGGCGACGCGGGGCCCUCCUCGAUCGUGUACUUGUCGGACGGCUACGAGGCGGUUCUCCGCCACGAUCCUUUCGAGGUUUACGUGCGCGAGAAGAGCAAUGGUAAUCGCGUGAUUUCCCUCAAUUCCCACGGCCUGUUUGAUUUCGAGCAAUUGCGAGCGAAGAGUGAAGGCGAGGAUUGGGAAGAAAGGUUUCGAACGCACACCGACACGAGGCCAUACGGCCCGCAGUCGAUCAGCUUCGACGUGUCGUUCUACGGCGCCGAUUUCGUGUACGGGAUUCCGGAGCACGCCUCGAGCCACGCUCUCAAGCCCACCAGAGGCCCCGGGUUGGAGGACUCUGAACCCUAUAGGCUGUUCAACUUAGACGUGUUCGAAUACAUUCACGACUCGCCCUUCGGCAUCUACGGCUCCAUUCCGUUCAUGAUUUCGCAUGGUAAGUCCCGCGGAACUUCGGGGUUCUUCUGGUUGAAUGCGGCGGAGAUGCAGAUUGAUGUGAUGGCAACCGGGUGGGCUGAUGCGGAGUCGGGGAUUGCGCUGCCGUCGGAGAAGAGCAGGAUCGAUACAUUGUGGAUGAGCGAGGCGGGGAUUGUGGACGCCUUCUUCUUCAUGGGUCCAGGGCCGAAGGACGUCGUUAAACAGUACACGAGUGUGACUGGCAUGCCAGCGAUGCCGCAGCUGUUCGCCACAGCGUACCACCAAUGUAGGUGGAAUUACAGGGAUGAGGAGGAUGUUGAGCAUGUGGAUUCCAAGUUCGACGAGCACAACAUCCCCUACGAUGUGCUGUGGCUCGAUAUCGAGCACGCGGAUGGAAAGAGGUACUUCACUUGGGACAGGACGCUUUUCCCGCACCCGGAGAAGAUGCAGGGGAAGUUGGCUGCCAAAGGGAGGCACAUGGUUACGAUUGUGGAUCCUCAUAUUAAGAGGGACGACUCGUAUCAUGUGCACAAGGAGGCCACCCAGAAGGGGUAUUAUGUCAAGGAUGCGAGUGGGAGCGAUUUCGAUGGGUGGUGCUGGCCUGGUUCUUCGUCAUACCCAGAUAUCUUGAGUCCGGAGAUUAGGUCAUGGUGGGCUGACAGGUUCUCUUUUGAGAACUAUGUUGGUUCGACGCCUUCACUGUAUAUCUGGAACGACAUGAAUGAGCCCUCUGUGUUUAAUGGUCCAGAGCUGACAAUGCCGAGAGAUGCUUUGCAUUAUGGAGGCAUUGAGCAUCGGGAGCUACAUAAUGCCUAUGGUUACUACUUCCACAUGGCAACAGCUGAUGGGCUUGUAAAACGUGGAGAUGGGAAGGAUAGGCCUUUUGUUUUGUCAAGAGCAUUAUUUGCUGGAAGUCAAAGGCAUGGAGCAGUUUGGACGGGAGAUAACUCAGCGGAAUGGGAUCAUCUCAGGGUUUCAGUCCCAAUGAUUUUGACACUUGGUCUUACUGGAAUAUCAUUCUCUGGUGCAGACGUUGGUGGUUUUUUUGGCAAUCCUGAGCCUGAAUUAUUAGUUCGCUGGUAUCAACUAGGUGCUUACUAUCCUUUCUUUAGAGGCCAUGCCCAUCAUGACACAAAAAGACGUGAACCAUGGUUAUUUGGAGAACGAAAUACAGAACUUAUAAGAGAUGCCAUACAUGUCCGCUACACAUUGCUGCCAUAUUUCUACACAUUAUUCAGAGAGGCAAACAGUAGUGGUGUUCCUGUUAUCCGUCCAUUAUGGAUGGAGUUCCCUUCUGAGGAAGCUACUUUCAGCAAUGAUGAGGCUUUCAUGGUUGGAAACAGUAUUAUGGUGCAAGGGAUUUAUACUGAGCGAGCUAAACACGCAUCAGUGUAUUUACCUGGUAAACAAUCCUGGUAUGACCUGAGAAGUGGAACUGCAUAUAAGGGAGGCAUGACCCACAAGCUGGCUGUCUCAGAAGACAGUAUUCCCGCCUUCCAAAGGGCCGGAACCAUCAUAUCAAGGAAAGACCGGUUUCGGCGGAGCUCCACACAGAUGGUGAAUGAUCCAUACACUCUGGUGAUAGCUCUUAAUAGCUCCCAAGAAGCUGAAGGCGAACUCUAUGUUGAUGAUGGCAAAAGCUUUGAAUUUGAGCAUGGUGCCUACAUUCAUCGCCGCUUUGUGUUCUCAGGUGGCAAACUGACGUCUGUAAAUCUAGCAACCACUUCCCCCGGUAAAUCCCAAUUUUCUUCAGAAUCUGUUGUUGAGAGGAUUGUACUGCUAGGACAUGCUCCUGGGCCAAAGAGCGCUUUAAUUGAGCCAACAAAUCAAAAGGUUAGCAUUGAAUUGGGGCCACUAUGGCUUCAAUGGGGACGUGGCUCAGCCGUUGUAACUAUCCGCAAGCCUGGUGUCCGGAUUGGAGAUGAAUGGACCAUAAAAAUUUUGUAAGAACAUUCAAGUUCAGGACUCUUUGAGUGGACAUGGGGAAAUCUGAAAACUCAAGACUAUGUUUAGAGGUGCAACUUCAGUUACUUGAUACAAAAAAGGCCAUGUUACUAUUUGUAGACAUGCACAUAGCCAAUUCCAUAGGCAAUUUCCUUUGUUUCCACUCAUUAAUUUUGUUGGCGGAUUGAGGUACGAGAAAGCGAUUGGAUCCC